AUGUUUUUCAUUCUAUCUUGCUUGGCACAAAGCAAUUUAAUUAAAGUUGCUACUAAUGGUUCUGCAACUGAAUAUUGCUCACAGGAUGUUAUUUGCUCAUAUGACAAUGCUUUCAAGCAGGUUAAAAAAUCAGAUACAUUAUUUUUCGUAGAUAAUUAUUUAACAAUGGAAGAUUCACACAAAAUUCUUGAUUUUUAUGCUACCCACGCACUUCCAAUGAAAUUUAUUGGCAGCAACACUGUAUUCGUUGGAAAUGAAAGUGAAAUUUAUCUAAUAAAUACCACACAAGUUGUCGAAAUCCGCGAUGUUACAUUUAGGGCAGUUAAUUUAAAGAUAGAUUCUACAUCUUCAUCAGUAACCUUCGUAAAUGUAAAUUUGAUUCGGACCAAUUUCAAUUUAUUUGAUGAAAAUCCCAUCAUUAACGCACUUGAAUCUUCAGUUGUCUUAGAAAACGUUACUUUAUUUAAAAUAAAUGGCUCCUUAAUCAAUAUUGUUGGAAAUUCCUUAUCAAUUUCACGCACAGCUUUCAAAGAAGUAUACAAUAUACAACCGUUUAUUACUUCAUUUAAAUCCAGCUUAAAAUUGACCAAGAUCGACUACGAUGGUAUUGAUUUCAGCAAUACAUUUAUUGACCAAAGAUUUUCAUCUAUUCAUUUAAGUAAUAUGAAAUUCUCUAACACAGUCUUUAACGAUACGAUUAUUAAAUCAUCUGAUGCUUCUGCCUUAAUCAAAAAGAUUUAUCUUUCAAAUGUAACAGCGCUCAACCCAACAAUAUUUUUCAUGGGCUUAAACUUACAGAUUCUAACCUUUUCGAGGUCAAACUUUACCAAUGUCAUUCCAAAAUUAAAUAGAAGUCGGUUAAUUGAUCUUAACUCUGCUUCAAUUAAUAUUGAAAACAUCCGAUACGAGUCUAACAGUUUUUCAUUCGGAGAAUUUAAGAAUUGCAAUGGAGUUAUUUCCAAUUCCGUAUUUCAAGAGAAUAAUCUAUCCGGAACUCACAGUCUAGUUAACAUUUCUUCAUCGUCGAUCACUGUUAAAUCUGAUGAGUUUACAAGCAACAGAGGAAAAUACGGAACUGCAAUAUCUUUCCAUGGUUCUUCAGCCACAAUCAAAAACUGUAACUUUUCUCAUAAUUUCGCAAAGAAAAACGGUGGAUCUGUGUCAUCAAUCAAUACGCAUCUCACUGUGACGGAUACAUAUUUCAUAAACAAUACUGCUGUCAAUGGAGGAGCAGUAUAUAUUAAAGGAAGUGAAAAAACAGAGAUUUCUACAACAAAAUUCGAUAGGAAUGUAGCAAAUUACGGAUAUGAUAUAUUCGCCAAAGGAAAUGGAACAAUUUCAUUGGAUAUUGCACUACCAGAUGAUAAUCUUCUUGUUACAGAUGAUGUAAAGGUUGAAAAACCAAUUGAAAUAAUAGAAAGCGAGAUAGAAACUUCAUCUACUCAAAAUUUUGAUGGAAAGUUACUCGGAGAUAUAAUUGAUGACAAUCCGGCUAAAGAUAACGCAGCUGCUGUCAUUGGAAGUCUUUCGAUUUUGAUGAUAGCCGGCUGCGCUGUUGCUGCAUUUAUUUCACGUAAGUAUGGGAGAUCGAGAUUACUAAAACUAGGAAAGUAUAAGUGA